AUGUCAGAAAAGUCCUCCUUUCUCUCGCCAUCCAUGUCGCCUUCCUCUUCUUCGUCCGGCGGCAACCCGCCACCGCCUUAUGGUUUCCACCACCUCCCUCACUCCCCGACCGGAUCACGGUCACCUAGCCGUCCCGGUUCACCACCACAUGGCGGCAGCGUCCCCUCUCCUGGCGGCAUUCCCGGUACCUUUGUCUUUAAUCUUGGCAAGUUCGGCGGCUUCUACAUCGUCAGGAUACCUCCUUCUCUGCAAAAGGUCCUUACUUUGAUUCUGCGCAAAUGGAAGACGCUCAUCUUUGUUGCGCUCUUCGGUACGCUCGCCGCCUUCGGCUUGUUUGGUGCAAUGUCGACAGAGUGGCGCGAGAUGACCUACUACCGAGUCGAUCCUUACCCUGUCGUUCCAGCCACCCACAAGUCCGCUCCCAGCUCAGCAAGUCCCUUCCAUCCACCAUCUUCGCCACCCACCACUCCACCCAAAUUUGGCGCCUGCCUCGGUCCCAAGCGCCUACCUAUCCCUCGUGCUCCUUUGGACGCCUAUGAUACUCCCGACACACAUCCCAAACCGCUCGUCGGAAGCUACGAGGCAGCUGGCAUGCACUUUGGCAAAUGCAUGACCUAUCGAUCAAGAUAUGAGAUGUACUCGGAUGAAGCCCUGAAUAUCACCUACCGCAAGGACAUGUCCCAACUCGAAAAGUACUUUGCCAAAGCAGAAGACUACGAUGAUGACCCGGACAAUGUCAAGCCGCUAAAAAACAAGCCCAGCUCGUCCCAGCUGGACAACAGCACUUCCACCACCACCUCAACAGCCACCAACAGCGAUGAUACGCCCCAGAAGGAGAACAUCGACCCCCUCUACGGUCGACGCAAGCCCGAGGGCAUGAGCGAGGGCGAAUGGGAAGGUCAGCUCCGUGAUCGCUUGUGGCGUGCCAACGUGCUCAGUGAAGAACUCGGUCCCAGCAGCUAUCCCGACUGGCGCGCUCUCAUGGACGCCUGCUACCAGAAGCGUUUGCAUGACCGUGGUAUGGCUGGUGGCGUGGAUCACUUUGACCCUCACAACCUGCCCACCACCGAAGAACCGCAUACCAGCGGAGGUCGUUCGCAUGUCUUCACAACCCCGGAAACCAAGCGAACAGCAGUCGUCAUGCGAUCCUACGAGGGCUAUGCCUGGCGCGAGGACGACAUGCUCAACAUGCGAGCCUUGAUCAGCGAGCUUUCGCUCAACAACCCCAACACCCCUUACGAUGUCCGCAUCUUGGUCGAGGUCAAGUCGCGUCACCUCGCCGUCUUCACCUCCGAAUGGGAUCGUCUCAAUGUGCUUCGAUCCAGUGUACCUCGCGAGUUCUGGGGUCUUGUCGAGCUUUGGACGGAAGAUGAGAUGUGCGCCCUCUACCCAGGCUUACCAGGCAAGUUCCUGAACAACAUGUUUGCCCAGACCUCCUACCGAUCUUGUCUCAUGGCCCUGCAGAAGUUCUACCUCGACCACCAGGAGUAUGACUUUGUCUACAACUGGGAGAUGGAUGUGCGUUACAUUGGCAACUACCUCGACUUCUUUGAGGGCAUCGAGGACUACUCGCGUAACGAGCCUCUCCAUGCCGGUAUGGACAAGUACGACACCUGGCUUGUACCCAACGUCACUGCCUCCGAAGACAACUGGCGCGACAACAAGACGCUCACCGUGGGACGCGGACAGGAGGCCGAUCUGAUCACAUUGGGACCCAUUUUCGACCCAAGAGGCUCGGGAUGGUACUGGGAGUACGACGUGCAAAACUAUCCACCAGGACAGAGCACCGACCGUCGAGCUUCGAUCGGUACCAACAUGCGUAUCAGUCGAGGCCUGCUCGAGGCCAUGAAUGUAGUCAACGCUGAAGCCAAAAAGUCGCUCCACUGUGAAGCAUGGCCCACAACGCUGGUAUUGCAUUCGCAGCUGCCCAUGUCGCACGACCACUCAUUCUAUCCAGAGGCCGGCUUCACUCACAACCUACCACUUCCAUUCAAGGGCGUCUUCGUGCCACAUCCAGUCUACUUCCGUCACGUAUGGGAGCCCGAGGUGCUGCACAACCGAAUCAACCGACCAGACUUUUACAAGAAGAUCAACGAAAAGGUGAUGCGCGAUAGCUCCUUCUACUACGAUGGCAAGCACAGCAAAGAGGUCUAUGUUGGAUGGAAGGAGAAGGAGAACGUUUGCCGUGCACCGAUGCUCUUGCAUCCCAUCAAGCAGGUCAACUAG